CAUGUGCGUUUCCUGAUGCAAAGCCAAGUGUGUCGCGUCAAUAAGUGUAACUGUGAAUCAUUGAUAAGACACACACACGCCAAAGAGCAAGAGAGAUAAUGGCUGAAAAGUAUGGUCCUCCUGUAAUUCUGGAUCAUAAUUUAUGGGGCAGCUUUACAAACAAUGCUGGAACUGACUUUGAUCAUCAUGUUGCUUUGGACCACCAUUCUAUGGUUGAUGGGCCAGACAGAAUAUAUAUGGACUACAAUGCCACAACCCCAGUUGAUCCAGAGGUGGUCAGAGCUGUCACUGAUGCUCUAACUGAUGCGUGGGGUAAUCCCAGCAGUAAUUACCUGCCAGGUCUGAAAGCCAAAGACAUUAUUUACCAUUCUAGAGACACCAUCGCAAGGAUGGUUGGUGGAAAAGCAGCAGACAUUAUAUUUACAUCAGGAGGAACUGAGGCCAAUAAUUUGGUGCUUCACACAGCUGUGGAGCAUUUCAGGAAGAGCAGUACUUCUCCAGAGGCAGGCACAGACAGCCAGCAGUUGAAUGGAAGGGACACCCUCCCCCAUAUUAUCAUCUCCAAUGUGGAGCAUGACUCCAUCAAAGUCACUGUUGAACACUUGUUGAAAGAGGGCAAAGCAGAUGUCACAUUUGUGCCCGUUUCCAAGGUGACGGCACAGGUGGAGGUUGAGGAUGUGAUUGUAGCAAUUCGUCCCACCACCUGCUUGGUGUCAAUCAUGCUGGCCAACAAUGAGACAGGCAUCAUAAUGCCAAUUAAGGAUAUUUGUCAGAGGGUGAAGGAAGUAAACAAACAAAGGUCUUCAUCAGCUCCCAGAAUUCUCCUGCAUACUGAUGCAGCCCAGGCUAUUGGAAAGAUAAGAGUGGAUGCACGUGAGCUGGGAGUAGACUAUAUUACCAUCGUAGGGCAUAAGUUUUAUGGCCCUCGAAUUGGUGCUUUGUUUGUGAACAGUCCCGGAAUCACAACCCCAGUGUACCCUCUGCUUUUUGGUGGAGGACAAGAGCGCAACUUCAGACCAGGAACUGAGAACACCGCAAUGAUUGCUGGUCUGGGAAAGGCUGCAGAGUUGGUAAGCUUAAAUCUAGCAGAGUAUGAAGCCCAUUUCCUGAACAUCAGAUGCUAUCUAGAGCAGAAGCUGAUUGCUGUCUUUGGAAAAGAUAAGAUUAAUUUUAACAGCCAUUUUCCUGGCUCAGACAUUUUGCCCAACACAUGCAAUGUGUCCAUUUUGGGAAGAGGACUUCAGGGACGAAGAGUGCUGUCCACCUGCAGGAGGUUGUUGGCUAGUGUGGGUGCCGCCUGCCACUCAGACAGAGGAGAUCAAGCUUCCCAUAUUCUUCUGAGCAGUGGAAUUCCAUAUGAUGUGGCUACCAAUGCUCUGAGGAUCAGUGUGGGUAGAAGUACCUCGCGUGAAGAUGUGGACAUUGUAGUGAAGGAUUUGAGAGACACUGUAGAGCAACUGGAGAGCAUGAACUAGUGCCAUUUGUUCCUUGGGGCACCCCUGUGGCAAGGAUGUUGCACAGACCUAUUGAUAUUGAAUUCUAACUGGAACUAAUCUUGGCUGAACUAUGUAUUUGCACAAGUACAUUUUUGGUUAGAUAGUGUCAUGAGUAUAUGCCAAGGAAGCAGUCUACUCACCUUUCAGUAAAUUUAUUAGUUUUGAGUCCAAAUUAUGUCAUUUACAUACAGAGGUGUUAACUAUCAAUUUUACGUCCAAACAAAAACAUUGUCCGACAAAAUUAAAAAGAUGUGUGUCUCUUUGAUAGAUUAAAAAAAAAAAAGCAAGAAAGCCAUUUAAACCUAGCAUGUUAGUUUACAUGGCUUCUCUCUCUCUCUAAACACUCUCUCAGAAGGAGAGCAAGACAUUGCAACACGAAAAUAAUGCAAAAGUAACUAACGUGCUACAACUUACUCUGUCAGAGUGAUGGUGACAGAUAAUGAGUAGUUGUAGCACAACGUCUACUUAUGUGAUUUAUGCAUUACUGAGGAGGUUUUUUUAUUUUGAUUUCGGGCAUCCUAAGAGAUGUAAGUCCAUAUAAAUGCAAAUCAUACGCGACAAUACUGAGAGUUUUUGCUUGGUUGUGGUGGGAGAUGUGUACACCCCACGUGAUGUCCUUUCUUGAAGCUAAUUCCCAAAUUGACAUUUUAUAAAUUGUAAUCACUUAAAGGACACGUUAAGCUUAAACUUAAAAAAUCUAAAUGAAACAUACCCCCAAAACACCUUUGACUCUCACCUUUUUCGUGAGUUUGCAUCCCAGAAUUACCUUAAUGUUUCAGGGUUAUUUUAGAACCACAUGGAUCUAAAAGCUCUUUCCUUUACAGCAGAGUAUCAUAUUUAAUGUAAAUCAAAUUAGAUGUACCAUGAUCAAUGAGCUGCAGGGUAUUUAAAAGAUCAAUGUAAAUAGUUUAAAGAAACUUUAAACAGAUUGCAUACGACUAUUGGCUUAGCCAUGGUAAUUUCAGGUCACAGUUCUCCUUCAACAGGGUUUUUGUAAGGUAUUUGGAGUCAGUUUACCCCUCUUGAUUUUAUAUUAAAAACACUGUGAUAUAUUGUAUAUGUUCCUGUAAUCAUAGACAUGUGGUUGCACUUGUAUGGCCUCUGAUGCACUAGAUACACAUCGGGAGAUGAUGCAAACAAUAUUCAUCACAUACUUGAAAGAUGUAUAAUGCAGUAAAAGAUAUUUAUAGAUUGUAUUGAUUGCGAUGUAGAUGUACAUACCCUAUGUUUCAUGGAGAGAAAGAGCCCUCACGUGUACAUUGUAAUUUGGAGGCUGCAUUUACAAUGGGAUAUGAAGUAGUGUGCAUGUACAGAAUGAAGCAGAGAUGUCUGUUACUAAAACAACAAAGCUGCAACAGCAUUAUUAAAUGAGCUAAAUGGUCUCUGUUUUUUUACUUCACAUUGUUGAGUUGAUAACAUCCCCUGGCACUGAAUCAUUAAAGUUUAUAUGCUC